AUGCCCCCAACAUCUACACCCACAUCCAACAGCGCAGGGAUGAUGCAUGGAUUCGGACCCUGGAAGAGAACCCCAGACUGGGUAUUUGAAUGCCCCCAAGAACAGGCACGCAUAUACAUAGUAGUCUACAACAAGGCUCAGAGAACCCAGCAUCCCCCUCCUUUGUGCAUUUGCAUCUGGCCUGGUGAUACAUAUACGAUGCUGCAUGUUUAUGUGCUGUCUACAUAUGUCACUUUCGUGGAGGCCGAGACGGCGUUCAACCAUGGAAACUCGCAACGGGCCGUGGAGGAGCUGCUAUAUAUCCCCCCUGACAGCAACAGGGGCAAACAAGGGUUCCGGUUAGAAUACCAGCGCAAUUAA